AUGGCAACAGAGGUGAAAGUAGGAGACAAGCUACCAUCGGUGAAACUUAUGGAGCUCAAGUCACCGGAAGGAAAACCAAAGGUUGUCAACCUAUCAGACUUGAUUGCAGGCAAGAAGGUCGCAAUCUUUGGUGUUCCCGGAGCCUUCACUCCUGGAUGUUCAAAGUCGCAUCUCCCAUCGUUCAUGGAUGCACAAGCUGACUUGAAGGACAAGGGAGUGGAUCUCACCAUUUGUAUCGCCACAAACGACGCUUUUGUCAUGGAGGCAUGGGGUCGUACAUCUGGAGGUGCUGAUGCUGGUAUAGUGUUCUUGGCGGACGGAUCGGCCGAAUUGACCAAAGCAUUGGGGCUUGCCAUGGAGUCCCCGGCGAUGGUUCGCACCACGAGAUUCAGUCUCAUCGCUGAAGACGGAGUGGUCACACACUACUUUUCGUCCAAGGAGCAAUCAUCAGACACAUGGGCGCCCGCUGUUUUGUCUGCUCUGUAA